AUGAAUAGCUUUCUUGAUAAAUACGGAACUGAUACAACUACAAACAUUCAACUUAUGAGAUGGGCAAAGGAGUUUUAUUAUUGUAUGCGAGAUGAAAUAAAUAAUCUCAAGGAUAAGAAAGAUGAUAAGAUAGCAAAACAAAAAAUACAUCUUAAACAACUAAUAGCGAAUAUUAAUCCAGGAAUAAGUGAAGAUAAAUUAACAACAUUAGAAACUAAACUUAUUGAUAAUAGUGCAAUACAAAAAGAAAUAGUUGCUAUUAAACAACAAUUACUUAAUGUAGUAGAUAAAACUCAAUUACAAAGUUUAACUCAUUAA